CUACGACGACCCCCACAAGACGCCCGCCUCCCCGGUGGUGCACAUCCGGGGGCUGAUCGACGGCGUCGUGGAGGCCGAUCUCGUGGAGGCCCUGCAGGAGUUUGGCCCCAUCAGCUACGUGGUGGUGAUGCCCAAGAAGAGACAAGCCUUGGUGGAGUUCGAGGACAUCCUCGGCGCCUGCAACGCUGUUAAUUACGCAGCCGACAACCAGAUCUACAUCGCUGGUCACCCCGCCUUCGUCAACUACUCCACCAGCCAGAAGAUAUCCCGCCCUGGGGACACGGAUGAUUCCAGGGGCGUCAACAACGUCCUGCUCUUCACCAUCCUCAACCCCAUCUACUCCAUCACGACGUUAACGCCGCCAACGUUUGACUCGGUGCAGAGUGCCCAGCGAGCCAAGGCGUCCCUCAACGGGGCCGACAUUUACUCCGGGUGCUGCACGCUGAAGAUCGAAUACGCCAAGCCCACGCGCCUCAACGUCUUCAAGAACGACCAGGAUACCUGGGACUACACCAACCCCAACCUCAGCGGACAAGGUAAUCUCCGAUGCGUCUCCAAGCAGCAGGCCAUCAUGCCCGGGCAGUCCUACGGGUUGGAGGACGGAUCCUGUAGCUACAAGGACUUCAGCGGCUCCCGCAACAACCGCUUCUCCACCCCCGAGCAGGCGGCCAAGAACCGGAUCCAGCACCCCAGCAACGUCCUCCACUUCUUCAACGCUCCCUUGGAGGUGACCGAGGACAACUUCUACGAGGUAC